AUGGCUGCACUGAGCAACGCGCAAAAGGAGAAGCUCAAAGUUAGUUCGAAACGCUCCCGCUUCUAUGACAGCUCGGCUCCCGGUACAAUUGCCCAACGAGCGCAAGCUCGCAGUAACUUCCAGGAAUAUUGCAAGAGUGUCUACGGGAUCGAAAAGGAGCCUGAGAUGUACAGUCGUGAGACCCUCAUCGACCACGUCUGCGGCUUCCUGGAGUGCAUGGCGACGGUCUCGGAAGGAGUACUCCAUGACAAGGUCAAGGCAAGUUUCAUCCAAAUCCCCAUGGUGGGUACAUUGUAUAUGUACAAGUAUUCGCUUCGGUUCUGGGUUGAUCGAUACACGCUCGACUUCGAAUCGAUUCAGACGGAAUACUAUUGCCGAGUAUUAAGGCAUAUCCACAUGGUAGCCGUGGAGCAAGACUUGCCAACAGGAAGCAGGGAGAAGAACGAGCUAGGCGAGUUCGAGCUCGGAUUGAUGUACAUGGAGGCCAUGGCUCUUCAGGAGGGGGUCCUCCAGACAAAGCAACAUUACCUCGCGUGGGUUCUUGCCUAUAUUACCGGGGCCCGACCCGGCACUUUCACAGUUGGAACCGGCUAUCAUAAAGGCGCCCCGCUAGGUAGUGCCAUGAGCCACACCAUGCCCACGCGCGCCGUUUCCCACACAUUACGCUGGGCUGACAUCAAGUUUGACAAGUUCGAACAGGAAUACUGCUGUAUCCUGACGUUCCGCUUUUUGAAAGGAAGCCACGACAAGUACAAAGAGGGUAACUUGGACGGGUCAAGGGAGUUCUUUUUCGCGCCGAAGCAAGAACGCCUACAUCUCGACCUUAGUGCGCUCUUAUUUGGUGAAGCUUAUACCCGAGGCUUGUUUGUCGACCCAUUGGACAUUCUCCUCAGCGACACGUCCCUUCAUUUCCCCACGAUCAGAUCGGAAGUGGCAACACAGGCUGUGUUCCUUGCGCCGAACACAGAAUGUGAGCUUAUUCCCACUCAAGAGAUGAAAGCCAAUGCACUCAACCGAAAGCUCCAAGACUUCUGUCUGUCGGUCGGUAUUCUCUGUUAUGUUUCUAUGUAUUCGUUCAGAAGGCAAGCAGCUCAGGAAGCAAAGAGGGACCACUCUACCGAGGACGCCAUGGCGCUGCUCGACCACGCCCCAAACCACCCAAAUACCCUGCCCUACUACGACCAGCAUGGAUUUGGUCGACGAGAUAUCAUCACCUCAGACCCGAAACACAAGAAACUCGAGGCCGGACUUCACGACAUCCUAAUCAAAGCCCACACCAAGCUCCAAGAGUUCAACCUACUCUCGCCCGACGGAGAAUACUGCAUCACGGACCGCAACAUCGGAAAGUACAAGGCACUGAUAAUGGGUAUCGAGGAGCCGGCAUUCAUGGAGAUAAGGCAAGAGUUGGAAGAACACUUAGCGCCGUGGAAAUUUGCCCGCAUGGCUGUCACACAACGCACCAAUGAAGCCUGCCGCAAGAGCAUCGAGGGCAAGUCGGCGGAGAGAAAGGAUGGGGCAGUAUGUGAACGAGAUGGGCAUUGA